ACCUUGGACAUCCAACUUUUUUUUAGCAUAACGCAUUUCGCGCUUUACUUUUUAGCGUUUUAAUACUUCUUUUAGGGUGUAGGAGGUUUACCUUACCGGCAUUACUGAACAAAAUACUUCUACGUGUACAAUACAAUAAUACAAAUACAAUAGGUCGAAUUUGUAAUGGUGGUAUUAUAGCGCGAAGGCAAAGGCGAAAACGAAAUAUUACGGGACUUUCCGACUUCCUUUCCAUCCGCUCAUUUAUUCAUUCAUUCAUAUACUUUUUUUUGGAGGGAGAGGAGAGCAGAGGAGAAGAUCAGCAUUAGACGAACAAACACAUCGCGCACCGAUUUUUAUUCUCUCCUUUUCUUCCGGGUUUUCUAAUAUACGAUAAACCUCGAAAAGGAAAGAAAGGAAAGAAAGAAAGAAAAUGGCCAGGCGGAGGAGACCCCCGCGGGCCGGCGCCGCAAACGAGCUCCCACCCCUCCGGAUCCUCGGCCAGAUUGCCGCGCUGCAGAGCAUAUACUACGCGGCCGCCCUCGUCCUGAUGCUCUUCACGUCCCUGGUCGCCGGUACCCGGUUUAGCCUCGAUUUGGUUUUCGGCUGGGCCGAACUGCGCGGCGACACGACGCAAGGGUGGCUGAUGGGGUUUGUCUGGCUAUGUUGCGCUGGCGCUGCUGUCGUAGCGAUGGUGGCUUUCGUAGGCCGCUCGAAACUCGUACUCGACUUCGCGCUUACCCUCCAUUUCAUCCACCUCGUUAUCGUGACGUUCUACACGGGCUUCUUACCGCGAAAUGUUGCCUGGUGGGCUACGGCUAUAGUGUCGAGCGCGGUGACGGUCGUGGGGGGAACUUACGGCUGCCAGUGGAGGGAAUUACAGCCCAUUAGUUUUGGAGGCAACGCGAAGGAUAAUACCAUAGAGGGUGGCGCCGCGGGCGCAGCGCAGAACGGGGCUGCGGGAAGUCAAGGCGACGAGGAGAUGGGCUUCGGCAGGGGCCGCGGAAGGGGUAGAGGGAGAGACGGAGCUGGAGAGUAUGAAAUGGUUGGCAUGAAUGGCGACAGGAAUCGGUAAUGCCUUUUUCUUUUUUUAACCUUUCUUGCGGGAUUAAUGGUCCAUAAUCAGCAGGACUUGUAUGAAUAUUGCACGCACGGCGUUGGUUCUUUGAAAGAAUAAAUGAGAGCCUCGAGACCUGGGGCUGUUGAUGCUCUAUGGCAUGAUAUUGUACCUGGUUAUGUUGGAUACCUAAUAUUAUAGACGAAGGCAUGAGACGUAUAUCGCCGGUGAACCAUCCAGGGAUUCAAGAUUACAAAUAGAACAGAGUCUGAAAACUCAUCUUGUGUGCGUGGAUUUGGUAUGAAUCUAGACUCAGGGGUCUCAGAUGUUGUUACCUCUAAGUGCCGACUUGUUGUCCGAGCCAUUUCCCAUUCAUUCGAAUUUCUGGAUAUCGCGAUUCAAAUUAGACCAACAAAAAUACCCAAAUAAACAAAUUUUCCCCUUUUUAAUUUAAUUGAUCAAUUAGAUAAAUCCCGCUCUCAAAAGGUACCUAACCUAAGGGGAAGCAAUCAAGUUUCU